GAAGAUUUUUUUUUUUUCUUUUUCUUUUUGAUUAGGGAGAAAGAAACCUAAGUGAAAGCCCCUCCUGAAGAAGAAGAAGAAGAAGAAGAAGAAGAAGAAGAGAGACAACAAACACAAAAACAAGUCCUUUCCUUUUUGUAAUCUCUCAAUUUCACAAUUUUCAGAAUCUUGAUUUGGGUAUUGUUUUGAAAGAAGAAAAAAUUCAGAAUCUUUAGCGUCUGGUUAAUGCCUGGGAAUCACAGUGAGAUUUCGUUGAAUGAACAAAACAGAGUCGAUAACGAUACCAACACGACAACGACAAGGAAGAAGAAGAAGAAGAAAGAUGUAACAAUCGUUGAUGAUGAUGAUGAUGAUGAUGGAAUGAAUCAUCAAUUGGUAAUGAUGUCUUCGAAGAGUAGGAAUCGAUUUUUAUCCAAGUUUCGUAAGAAACCCAAUUCGCCGAAACCAUCUUCUUCUUCUUCUUCUUCUGGGUCGCGUAAAGGUGGAUGCUUUCGUGUGUUGAGACCUCGUAGGAGAGGAGAAGAUGAUGAUGAUGAUGAUGAUGAGGUUUCGUCUAUAGUUUCUGAUCCUAAUGAUGAAAGGUUUAGUCAUGAGAUGUUGAGAGUUAUGUUAGAGACUAAUGAUUUCUGCUCUGAUGACUGCAAUCCUCAUCGGCGAUUCAUUUUGUAAGUUUGAUUUAUUGGGAUUUGGGGUUGAGGUUGGGGUUUGGGCUGUGAUUCUUAUUUUAAUUAUAUAUUUUUUUUGGUUUCUUUUUUUUUUUGGAUCAAUCUGUAUAGAAUCUUUCUUUUGGAGAUAAUUCAUCAAUGGUUAUCAGUGGUUUUUCUUAUA